AGGGUCUUCUUUAAAUAAUUGCGUAGUAGGCAGACGAAUGUCUUUUAGACAAAAACAAAAAACGAAGCAAGUUUCUCUUUUCUUCUUCUUCUUUUAAAGGUUUCAUUCAAGUACACACAUCUCUUUUCGUGUCAUCUCUCACAACCACCAUGAGCAGCCAGCAGCACCAUCAGCCGCCGAGCUACGCCACCGACCCAAACACGAUGUUCGUUCAAGCAGAUCCCUCCAAUUUCCGCAACAUCGUCCAGAAACUCACGGGAGCACCACCGGAUCUCUCCUCCUCUUCUUCUUCCGCUGCACAACAGAAGCUUCCAUUAACCCCGAAAAAGCCAGCGUUCAAGCUUCACGAACGACGUCAAUCAUCCAAGAAAAUGGAGCUGAUGGUAAACAACAUCACAGACCCGAACGACCCUUUCAGCCAUUUCCACCGAGGGUUCCUCGUGUCUCCGGUCUCUCACCUCGACCCAUUCUGGGCGCGCGUGAGUCCACAUUCAGCGCGUGAAGAGCAACACCACGCGGCACCGGAACAGGAAGAGCAAAAAGCCAUAGCCGAGAAAGGGUUCUACUUCCUUCCGAGCCCGAGAAGCGGCGCCGAGCCAGCACCGGAGCUUUUGCCACUGUUUCCUCUUCGUUCUCCUAACGCAAAGGUCAACUAUUUCGGCGCGUGUAGUCCAUCCACUACCUUUUAGACUAUAAAAAUCUUAUUUUCAUACGCGGCAAUUUUACUUACAUUAAGUCUAAGGAAGACAUCAUUUCACGACAAUGGUAUUAUUGUCUUUUAUAUUUUUUUGAACUACGUGAGGGUGAGAUCCAAAAACGCACGCUAUGUACUACUAGUCUCGAAUUUUAAAAUUAUGUAUAACAAAAAAAAAAAAAAAAAGAGGAUACUUUAAGAUUCACUGUUCUAAAUUUCAUACAUUAUAUUUGACAAGUCUACUAUAUAUCAAACGUAAUCUUGUAUCUUAAAUUUUCCUUCCAAAUACGAUCAAGUUGAUGAUGUAUGAGGAGGUGAAUGAAUAAUGAAUAGAUAGGCUAUACAUUACAGCAACAUAGGCUGACUCAUAUAAUAGAUACAAAAAAUAUGUUGACUUUUGGGUUAAGAAAGAAGCUAAAUUCUCUGUGGUGAUAGGGUACAGUGUAACAGUGCUCUCCAAUUAUAAAUCUUCUUUUUUUGUGUGUGUGUGUA